GAAUGAAGGAUUUGUAUGAACUUUUCCCAUGGCGACAGUGAGAAUUAGCCUAUAAUAAGGAUAUGGACCACGGCACAAAAGCACUGGACUUACCAAAGUGGUUGACAACGCAGAAAAAAACAUUUCUUUCUGUUGCCAAGAGAAGGAGGAAUUCAGUGGACAUGUGUUCAACCACACAAGAGCCAACAUGACAUGAUUGAAAGGAAUAUUAUUUUCUUAGAACUGUCUGUGUCUCCUCCCUCAUACGCUUCCUCCUCUUCAGCACAUUAUAUUUGUAUUCACACCAAUACAUUAAUUAUGCGGAUAUGGGAUUACUCAACCAUUGCCUUGAAUAGAGCGAGACGCCUCCUGUGAGCAGCACACACUGUCAACACUGUCAGUGCCCUGAAGUCCUGAACCUGCCUCACGUUCGCUCUUGGUUGUAAGCGUGUACACACAUCUGAAUGGCGAGUAAAUCCUGGCCAACACUAAUGCUGCUCUUAAUAACCUGUCCCGAGAGCACGCAUUGCAAUGGACCUACAGUGGAUCCUCCUGAGGACCUUGUGAUAUUGGACCCUGGUCAUUUUGGACAUCUCCAGAUUAGAUGGUGCCCCCCAGCCAGCUUGGUGAAUAUGACAGACUGCUCAAAACGUUAUCAGCUGGAGUACUUCGACACAUACAGGAACAGCUGGGAUGCUAUCAGGAUGUCUAGGACGGAGCACAGUGCCCAGUUUGAUCUGAUGAAAGAUGUGAGAGUGAGAGUGUACACCUUGCUGAGUGGACCCUGCACCAACGGCACUAUGAUCAAGAGCACAAGCUACACUGAACUGGUCCAGAAACCUUCCAGCACAGGUGUUGUGGGGACUGCAGUCCAGGAUUUUGUCUGUGUGUACCAUAACAGGCAGUACCUGGAGUGCAAUUGGAGGGCAAACCCAAAGAUGCCUGCCAACUCACGGCAAAAUCUGUAUUUCUGGCACAAGGGGCUGGAACAGGCAGAUGAAUGCCCAAAAUAUCUUAUCUCGGGCGGAACCAGGAGCGGCUGCAACUUCACUAAAAAAUCCCUCCCGGAGUUCACCGAUAUCAACUUCUGUGUAAAUGGCUCCUCUCCUGAAGGCCCCCUGGAAACUACAUUCAUCUCCUUGGAAAUCCAAAACCACGUGAAGCCUGAAACCACAGAGAAGGUGCAUCUGCAAUCCGGUCCAGGCAAGCACCUGCAACUACACUGGGAAAGCCCAGUUGGGAGCAUUCCUGAACAAUGUCUAGAAUGGGAGGUGGAACACAAACAAGAGGGACCUGAUGGGAAAACUUCUUCGCAGCUGAUUUCAACGAGGCAGAGGAACCUAACGCUGCCCUCCAACCAUGACAAUCAGAAAAACUGCUUCAAGGUUCGGUCCAAGUUGGACAAGUAUUGUGCAGACAACAGCUUUUGGAGCAAAUGGAGUCGUCCGACAUGCCACCCAGAGAAGAAAGAAGUGGCACCUGAACCAGGAUGGGACAUGGUACCUAUCUAUGUAUAUGUAGCUCUUGCCAUCAUCGCCAUACUGGUGCUGUUGCUGUGUGUGGGGGCAAUGAAGAUCUCGAGACAAGGGAAGAAGCCGAACUCUCUGCUCACCACCCUUGCCAGAAAUUCAGUGCUCACAGCGGCGGAGGCCUAA